CGCUUCCGCUUCCUUUAUGUCUCAUCUCGCUCGCUUUUAGGAGGUUGUUGAUUAUGGUUUGCGUUACACGUGCUGACAUUUUCCUUUAUUUUCCGCGAUAUUAUAAGCAAUAAAAACAAUACAUUCUUUAAUCCUUAGAUACAUUCGUCAGUCUAUCUGGUAACGUGACAGGUAACGUGCCAGUGGCAUUAUUUUACCUACAGGGACAACUCAGUUAGCUUGCAGUCAAGCUAGCUAAGUUAGCUAACCACCUGUAAUUAAUUGUCAGAUUAAAAGUGCAACGACUAUAAUUGAUUUCAAUGAAUUAAAGGUCGUAGACGUUUUAACUUAAAAGCCCAUUGAUAACUAUUUUCUUUCGAUACAUUCUGGCAGCAUUCCGUGUUUCCAAGGAUUCCUGAUAAGCAGCAUUUUUCCAUCAUGGGGGCUUACUUGUCGCAGCCCAACACAGUUAAAUCUGUAGAGGACGGAGGCAGCAAAAACAUGAGCUACGGGUAUGCAGCCAUGCAAGGCUGGCGCGUUUCCAUGGAGGAUGCUCACAACUGCAUUCCAGAACUGGAUGAUGAAACGGCCAUGUUUGCGGUUUAUGAUGGACAUGGAGGUGAGGAAGUUGCAUUGUACUGUUCCAAAUACCUGCCUGAAAUCAUAAAAGAACAGAUGGCAUACAAAGAUGGCAAACUGCAAAAGGCUUUGGAAGAUGCAUUCUUGGCAAUUGACAGCCGGAUGACCGUAGAGGAAGUUAUCAAAGAGCUGUCCCAAAUUGCAGGACGACCGCAGGAUGAAGAGGUGAAGGACAAAGUGGCUGAUGAAGAUGAUGUGGACAAUGAGGAAGCUGCUCUCUUGCAUGAAGAGGCUACCAUGACUAUUGAGGACCUGUUGAUCCGCUAUGGACAGAACUUGAACUCUGUCAAAAACGGCAAAAAGCCCUGCCCCGCCGCGAAGAGGCAGUCAGAGUCGGAGGAACAGGAGAGGCCCUACUCUUGCAAAGACAUUAACGGAGAGACGCAGUAUGGGUGCUCGAGUCUGGAUGACAGUGAGAUGUCAAAACCUGACAAUGCAGGUGGCUUGAAAGCCCGGGCCUGCAGGAGCUUGGGGGAAGGUGGAUCAGGAGCAAGCACAGUGGAGAAGACCAAGGGCGAGCUGGAGGCUGGGGGAACGGGUGAUGCUGGUCCUUCCUGCUCCUCCUGUCCUGCUCAGCCCCAGUGGGGCAGCAAGUCCAAAUUCUUUGAGGACAGUGAUGAGUCCGAAGGAGAGGAGGAGGAGGAAGAGGAAGACAGUGAGGAGGAGGACUGCAGUGAGGAAGAAGAGGGUGAUUACAGCAGUGGAGAAGAUGAGGAGGAAGAAGAUGACGAAGAAGACAGUGAUGCAGAGGAUGAGAUGUGCCUUCCUGGAAUGGAUGGAAAAGAGGAGCCUGGCUCAGACAGCGGGACCACAGCAGUCGUGGCAUUGAUCCGUAGCAAGCAGCUGAUUGUGGCCAAUGCAGGGGACUCACGCUGUGUGGUCUCUGAGCGGGGCAAAGCCGUGGACAUGUCCUACGACCACAAGCCAGAAGAUGAGUUGGAGUUGGCCCGGAUAAAGAAUGCCGGUGGAAAAGUGACAAUGGAUGGCCGUGUCAAUGGCGGACUCAACCUCUCCAGAGCCAUUGGUGACCACUUUUACAAACGGAACAAGGCCCUCCCUCCAGAAGAGCAAAUGAUCUCAGCUAUGCCGGAUGUGAAAGUACUGACUCUUAAUGAAGAUCACGAUUUUAUGGUCAUUGCCUGUGAUGGUAUCUGGAAUGUCAUGAGCAGCCAGGAAGUCGUGGACUUUGUCAGCAAGAGGCUAAAGGCAGAUGAGAACAGUGAAGUCAGACCAUUGUCCUCCAUCGUAGAGGAGCUUUUGGACCACUGCCUGGCACCAGACACAUCAGGGGAUGGAACAGGGUGUGACAACAUGACCUGCAUCAUCAUCAGUUUCUCCCCACACCUCUGCAGCACCCAGGCUGAGGGCUGCAAGAAGCGCAAGCCAGACCAGAGCUGUCUGGAGAAGAACGGGAGCGACGUCAAGAAGUCCAAAUCUGAAUAGAAACGACCAGUCAAACAGGUUAAUUCUUUUUAGGAAACCAAUCAGAACUGGUCUUUUUCCCCCACUGGGACAUUAGACUCAUGAAGACCAUGAGGACCAUGUGAUUUCUAUUAGUAUGUUUAAUUUGAGAAAAUGUAAAUGGCCCGUUUUUUUAUAACUAUCUGCUGAAUGCUUCUUUAAAUGUUUUCUUCCCAACUAGUCUGUAGUGCUGUUGUUUGGACAAAGGUGAAAUUUGAUGUAGUCUGAAUCCAAAAGGAAAUGGUUACUUCUCUAUAGUUUGAUUACAGACAUGAUUAUUCUGGAGUGUGGUAAGCUGUGGAUCCAAAUCUUAUGCAAAAUUCCAAUAACUCAGGAUGAUGUUAGUUCAGCUCCAAUUUGACACCCAACAAGGCCUGUGUUCAACUUUAGUGGCGAAACAAAGCCUGUAAUUUCACAAUGAUUAAAUUACAUUUUGCAAGAGUAAUGUCUUUGGUACCAAGGCAAAAAUACAGCUGGUCCAAUAUUCCUUACCUGUACAUAAGUAAGCUUAUUUACCAUGUCCAGGAAUUUUGGAUGGGACUUGGGUCUAAAGAAUACCAAGUGUCAGGAAAAUGCAAUUGGGCCAAAACGCUUUACCAGUAUGUAAUUGGGGCUCAAUUUAUAUGUUUAGGAAUCUAGGAAGGGAUCUGAAUAAUACCAAGUGUCAGGGCCUCCUGUUAAGCAUGGUUGAAGGUAUCUGAUGUGUAAUGCACAUGAAAUUAUCGAUCUUUCGGUAACACUUUAUUUGAAGGCACUUGCAUAAACCUAUACAUCUCCUUCAUAAGCACUACAUGGCACAUUCAUAAACACCCCAUAAGCACUUGUGUAACGAAAUGGGUGAAUGGUGUGUUGUCAAAAUUGACGCAGCCAGUUACAUUACCAUGACAUACCAAGUGAAAUUACAUGAGUGGUCAUUGAUGAACACUUAUGUAGUGCUUAUGGAGUUGUAUAGCUCUUAUGUAGGAGCCUUCUAAUGUUACCAAUCCUUUAAUGUACCACGCAUUUUUUCAUUCACCCCCAUAUUGUGUAUAUAUGUAUAUUUUACAUGCCUAUCCAUUUUAGUCUAAAUAGUUUUUUUUUCUCGUAAUUGAUUUGUCUUAUUUGAACAUUAUGCAAAUACAUUCAUACCUUUUUGAAAUUGCAAAUGGAAAAAUAUUUUUUCUGAAUGUGUAUGCAUUUGAAGGCAGUGUCAUGUUUGUCUUUAUACCCAUCAGGGAGUUCAAAAUAAGUCUUCCCUUAUUUCAGUAUCCCAGAAUUAUUUUGACAAUGAAUUUAAAAUGCGUUUAGUAUUAGAUUGUAUGCAGGGCCUUCACAGUUGAGAAUCUGCAGUUAAUACUUCUUGAUCAGCUUACAUGUUUGUUUCAUUUGCAUUGGAGGAGCCUGAGAGUUGGGCAGAACAUCAUAAACCAUGCCUUUUUUGUGUGGAAACAUCUUAAUUCUGUCAACAUUGAAGCAAAAUUACUUUAGCCAAUAUUACUGUACUGAGCCAUGCAACCUAACAAAGUCAUGUUGGUUUAUCUCUGCAGUGGAUGCCCCCUUCCUUUGCUUAGUUCAAUAAGGUUUAUAUGAGGUAUAUUUGAAUACAUAUUUUGGUACUUUUUUGAAGCAUCUUUAUAUUGCUGGGUGCCUUGAGCUUAAAACAUUACUUCAAAAUAAGAUUCCAAUUUUGCCCUUGAGUCAAACAUGUCAAACAUUUUCAUUUUGUUCAGCAUUAGUGUACUGUACAGUUUCCCACUUGCUAUGGAUUUUGCCAAUUCUGAUGUUGGAAAGGACUGUACAACACUUCAAAUAAAGAUGUAGUUUUUAAACUUC